GCGGACCGAGCGCCGGUCCUCGCCCCACGGGGCGGCCGGGCCUGGACGUCUCCGGCGCGGGCGGCAGCAUGAAGCGUGCGGGGAGUCUGCGCCUGCUCUCGGACCUGAGCAACUUCAGCGGCGCGGCCCGGCUCCGGGAGUUGCUGGCCGGGGACCGGGCCAUCCGAGUCCGCUGCAGCCCGGAUGGCCGCCACCUGCUACUGUUGCGACCCGCGGGGGCGCCGACCCCGCAGCUGCUGGUCGCGGGGCGUGGAGCCAGCGCGGAGCUGGAGCGUGCCUGGCCGGCUGGCCACCCCUCACCGCUAGACGCCUUCUUCCUGCCGUGGCCGGCGCGACCGGCGCUGAUCCUGGUGUGGGAGAGUGGCCUAGCCGAGGUGUGGGGGGAGGGGGUGGGGCCUGGCUGGCGGCUGCUGCAGAGCACCGAGCUCUGCCCGGGCGGUGGAGCCCGCGUGGUGGCCGUGGCGGCGCCCCGAGGCCGUCUGGUGUGGUGCGAGGAGCGUCAGGCCAGCGCUGAGGGACGGCUCCAGCUGCCCGCAGCCGCCUUCAGCCACCGCGUGUGCGUCCGGACUCUGGAGCCCAGUGGGGAAGCCGGCACCAACCUGGGCUGCACACACGUCCUUCUGCACCACUGCCCCCUUUUCGGGCUGCUAGCCUCCCGCAAGGACCUUUUCCUAGUGCCCACUGCCACCACCUGGCCUGGUGUGGCCCACAUUCUGCUCAUCUGGAGCCCAGGCAAGGGCAAGGUGAUGGUGGCUGCCCCACGUCUUGGCCUCUUCUACAGUAACAGCCUGAAUCCCGGACGAGGGGACACAUGGGACUUCCGGGCACUGCUCCGAAGCCUUCCUGGGAUGCUGUCCCCCAGGGAGCCAUUGGCUGUACAUACCUGGGCCCCAACUCCCCAGGGUCUGCUGUUGCUUGACUUAAGGGGCACUGUGAGCCUCAUACAGUCCCACGGUGGCACCCGGGUUGUGGGCACCCUGCAGGAGGCACCUGUAGGCCCGGGGAGGUCUGCAGCCCUGGGAACAUUUCAAGGCACUCUGGCCUGUGUGCUGGGUUCCACCUUGGAAUUGCUGGACAUGGGCAGUGGGCAGCUGCUGGAGAGGAAGGUCUUAAGUACAGACAGAGUACAUUUGCUGGAACCCCCGGCCCCUGGCAUGGAAGAGGAAGAGCUGGAGACCCGAGGCGGUCUUCGUUUGCUUUCAGCCUUGGGUUUGUUUUGCGUGGGCUGGGAAGCCCCACAGAGCCUUGAGCUACCUUCAGCCAAGGACCUGGUGUUUGAGGAAGCCUGUGAGUACUACCAGCGGCGGAGCCUGAGGGGUGCCCAGCUCACCCCAGAGGAACUGAGACACAACAGCACAUUCCGGGCACCUCAGGCCCUGGCCUCCAUUCUCCAGGGCCACCUGCCCCCGUCUACACUGUUGACCACACUGAGGGCUGAACUUCGGGAUUACCGGGGUUUAGAGCAGCUCAAGGCCCAGCUCGUGGCCGGGGAUGAUGAGGAGGCUGGCUGGACUGAGCUGGCAGAGCAUGAAGUGGCACGCCUGCUGAAGACCGAGUUGGUGGGAGACCAGCUGGCCCAGCUCAACACUGUUUUCCACGCCCUUCCUACAGCAGCCUGGGGUGCCACUCUCAGGGCCCUGCAGCUCCAGCCAGAUGGGAAUGGAAAGCUGAGGUCCCAAGCUCUCCCUGAUGUGUGGAAGAAGGUGCUAGGGAGUGCAACAGCUGGAAAGGAACCCCCCAACGGGAUACUGCCCCCCUUCGAACUCUUGUGUCAGUGCCUCUACAGGCUGGAGCCUCGAUGGCUGCCACCCUUUGUGGAGCUGGCACAACAGCAAGGUGGGCCAGGCUGGGGUGCAGGGGGCUCAGGGCUGCCCCUGUAUCGCCGAGCCCUGGCAGUGCUAGGUGAGGAGGGGAACAGGCCUGAGGCACUAGAGCUAGAGCUACUCUUGGGCAGUGGGCGGCCAAAAGCCGUGCUCCAAGCUGUGGAGCAGCUGGUGCAAAAGGAGCAGUGGGAGCGGGCUGUGGAGGCCGGCCUGGCCCUCAGCCCCUCUAGCCCCCUGCUUCGAAGCGAGAUCUUCAAACUGCUGCUAGCUGAGUUUGCCCGGCACCGCCAGCUUGAUGCUUACCUCCCCCUCCUUUGCCGCCUGUGCCCACCAGAACUGGCUCCAGCUGAGCUCCUGCUUCUACUGCAGACAUAUCUCCCAGAUGAGGUGGGGCCCCCCACCCCAUUCCCUGAGCCUGGGGCAGAGCCCCCUCUGACUGUGGGCUUGCUCAGAACUCUGCUGGAGCAAACUGGAGCUCAUGGACGGCCCUCAGGCCCAGUUCUAAGCCUAUAUGAGGACAUCCUGUGGGAUGCAGGUACUCCACCCCCCACCCCACCUCGGGACCUGUGAUUGUCCUCCAGGCAUCAGACCAUAGAGGUCUGGGCACCAUCUGGACAGGGCCUCUAUGUAACUGACAAAGGAAAUCGUUUCUAGGACACUGUGAUCGAUUGGGAAAGGGUGCCUAGGAGUUGGAGGGGCCAAGGUGGGACCUGUGUAUGCAAUACUCCUCUCUUCUGGAGCAAUUUUUAAAAUCUGUAUGUGUAUGUGUGUUAAAUAUAUACAGAGUUUGUAUGUUUUUGAACAGCUGAGCUAGCUGGUUAGCUCAGUUCAUUACAGCGUGGUGCUGAUAACAUCAAGGUCCAGAAUACCUUGUACUGCACGGGCACCAAAAAAAACCCCAAAAAGACAAAAUAAAAG